AUGGACCCUAGAGGGAGUAGCGCUUAUGUCAGUGGGGAUGAUGGGGUAGGCCCUUUUGGUGUAGGUGGUGGGGAUUCAAACGCAGUCUUACGUAGUGUGGCUCAACAAAUUAUGGUUGAGAUUGCACGUAGCUUCAGAGAGCAGGGAGGACCAUCGACAGAGCGAGACUGUACUAUUGAAAAGUUCACAAAGAUGAAUCCUCUGGCCUUUUCAGGAGGAGCCGAUCCUGCAGUGACUGAGAAUUGGAUGCAAGAGAUUAAGAAAAUACUGAAGGUCCUCCAUUGCACAGACGAGCAGAGGGUUCUUUAUGCUACCUAUAAACAUACAAAUGAGGCCAAAAGGUGGUGGAUGACUACGAGAUUAUUGGAAGAACAGAGACAGGUACCAGUAGCUAUGACCUGGUGUCGAUUUAAAGAAAUCUUCUCUGAUCGUUAUUUUUCCGCCACCGUUAGGGAGGCGAAGGACUUCUCUGAGCUGGUUGACAGGGCCACUAUAACGGAGGAGAGCGAGCAGAAAGAUGUAGGAGCACCGAGCUAG